AUUGGCCUCUGGCUAGCUAUGAAGCUGAGGAUGACCUUUGAACUCCUGAUCCUCCCACUUCUACCUCCCAAGUGCAGAAGAUGACAAACGUGUGCCACCACACCCAGCUGUUCAGAGUCUUCCUACUUUUUUAGAAGUUGAAACUCCUAUCUCCAGCCUCCCCUACGGAGCCGGAGCCGCCUCUGGAGUCAGCGCAGCGGAGUCACGCCCAGGCUGGGAAAAUCCUGAGGUUUUUAUCAUCUCUCCUGAUGGAGACUCACUUACCAUCUCCAAACUAGAUGGUCACCGUGGCACCCGGGAGAGGCAGGAAGGGUGUCACAACUUGGCAGGUUCAGGCUAGGCCAGCCAGGGCUAUUAGUGAGACCUUGUCACAAAACUAAACUAAACUAAACUAAACUAAAUUAAACAACUAAACUAAAUUAAUUAAAGAUCUCAAAGAGCUGAUGCCCUGGAGUUCGUUUCUCCUGGGACUUGGCAGGCUCAAUUCAACUUUUGUUUGCUUUGUAUUAAUGACUCUGUCUUUUUUUUUUCCUUGUCAGAUAAUAAAAAUUAAAUUUGUUGACAUGCCUGAAUGCAUGGUAGAUGGUUUUGAUCCCUAGGCAGGAGGUAAAACAGUGUGGGAUUUCCUUAAGGGAGCCCAGAUCAGAGCCCAGCCCUCCUCUGCCCUCCCAUGCCCCUUCCCAGAAUGCACUUGAACGCACACGACUGAAUUUCCCCGUUUUGGGCUCCCUUCCCUGAAAGGUCAAGGAGAGAGAUGGAAGCAGUCACCAGGCCAGUCAUUCUGUCAGAGGUGACAUACUGCAGGUUGGACCUGAAUUUCUUGCAUCUAAUUGCCAUGCUGAUGCAUCCACCUAUAAAAUUACAGAGCGGCUCAUCCAGGGGCCCUGUAUCUGUUGCAAGUCCGAGAAGCUCUCCCUCCCUGUGGGCUCCGGCAGCUGCCUGCUGGGCUCUGAGGACCAGCUUCUCCUACCAUUUCCUGGGCCCAUCUCUUGGACGACAGCUCCAAUGGCGGCCCUCACAGACUUCGCUUUCAUGUACCGCUGGUUCAAAAAUUGCAACCUGGUUCGAAACCUCUCAGAGAAGUAUGUCUUCAUCACGGGCUGUGACUCUGGCUUUGGGAACCUGUUGGCCAGACAGCUGGUUGAUCGGGGCAUGAGAGUGCUGGCUGCUUGCCUCACUGAGGAGGGGGCCCAGAAACUCCAGCAGGACACCUCUUACCAGCUGCAGACCAUCCUCCUGGAUGUCACCAAGACUGAGAGCAUCAAAGCGGCAGCCCAGUGGGUGAGGGACCAAGUGGGCGAGCAAGGCCUCUGGGCCCUAGUGAACAAUGCUGGUGUGGCCCUGCCCAGUGGUCCCAAUGAGUGGCUGACCAAAGAAGACUUUGUGAAAGUCAUCAAUGUGAACCUGGUGGGACUGAUUGAAGUCACCCUGAACAUGCUGCCUAUGAUCAAGAAGGCCCGGGGCAGGGUGGUCAACAUGUCCAGUUCUGGUGGUCGUGUGGCCGUCAUCGGCGGUGGUUACUGUGUCUCCAAGUUUGGAGUCGAAGCCUUCUCUGAUAGCAUCAGGCGAGAGCUUCACUUCUUUGGGGUGAAGGUCAGCAUAAUUGAGCCAGGGAACUACCGGACGUCCAUCCUGGGUCAGGAAGCGCUGCCGUCUCGGAUGAAGAAGCUGUGGGACCGGCUGCCUCAGGAGACCCGGGACAGCUACGGAGAGGAGUAUUUCCAAGCCUAUACUGAAAAGCUGGAUAACUUGAUGCAGCGGGCGUAUACGAACAUCAGCAAUGUCACCAACAGCAUGGAGCAUGCCAUUGUCUCCAGGAGCCCCCGAAUCCGCUACAACCCUGGCCUGGAUGUCAAGCUUCUCUAUAUCCCCCUGGCUAAGUUGCCUGCCUCUGUGACAGAUUUCAUCCUGAGCCGAUACUUGCCGAGGCCAGCAGACAGUGUUUGAGCUGGGGAGCAGAAGGGGUGGCCAGUGGGGUUCAGAGGAGGGACAAAAGACUGUGGCAUCACAAGAGGCAUUGUUAUAUCUUGUGGGCAUCUGACCCCCACUGCUGGUUUAUGUCUCCCCGCUUCUGCUGGGGCCUCCAGAAACCUGAUGUAGCCCUGGCUGAUUUAGAGAGUUCCAAUGUAGGCCCCAAGACACCUCUCAUCAAGGCAGGUACAAGUGGUCCUGGCCCUGGAAAAGUCAAGGAGAAAAAAAAUGUGGCUUCUGUUGAAUGACAAGCUGUGGCCACCUCUACAAAACACCACCGGAUAUUCUAGCCCACGGGAGAAUCUCGGCCCCCUCCCCACAGAUCUCUGCGCAAGCACUGAUUUGUGCAUAUUCCGAAAUGUGUAAUACAGAAGCCAGAACUGCCAGAGCAUAUCCAGAGAUGCUUUAAGUCAUUUACUUUUCUUUGUGUUUCUCAUCUGUAGAUGACUGGGAUCCAUAUAACACUCACUUCUUUAGUCACCGUUGAUUAAUGUUUCAAGUAUUUAUUAAGUGCAUACCUACCAGGCACUGAGGUUCUGGGGGUACAGGAGGAUGAUGAAAUCAUGAUCUUGGGUUUUUUAUUGUUUAUUUUGUGUUUUAUAGCUAGAAACAGAGAUAGGACAGUGGUAGGAGGGACAGAAAUCAGAAAAUGAAAAUUUGAAGGACCCUCGAGUUACAACGUAAUAGUUCCCAAACUUGGACUCUAUCAUAUUUACUCACUUAAUUAAAAUGCAUAUGGUUGGGGCUGGAGAGAAGGCUCGGAGCCUGGCAGCACUUGUUGCUCCGAGGAUCCUGGUUAGAUCCCCAGUAUCCAUACAGUGUCUCACAACCAUCCAUAAUUCCAGUUCCAGGGGAGCCGAUGCCCUCUUCCGGUCUCCAUAGGUACCAAGCAUGCAUAUAGUGUACGUACAGACAGGCAGACAAAACACCACUACACAUAAAAUAAGAUAAAUAAAUCUAAUAUAUAUAAAACAAAUAUAUUACAUAUAUUAUAUAUAUGUGUGUGUGUGUGUGUGGAAGCUGGGCAUGGUGUCUCAUGCCUAUAAUCCCAAUGCUUAGGGGGGCUGAGACAGCAGGAUUUUUGUGAAUUCAAGGGCAGACUGGAUUACAAAAUAAGACACUGUCUCAAGAAACAAAUAAACCCCAGGGGAAAAAAAAAAAAACA